ACUAUGAUGAUUAAUUGUAUUAAAUAGAUAUAGAGAAAAGAAAAGAAAAAAAAAAUACAUGGUUUCCACAUGUUAUAUGCAUAUAUAGAUUGCUUUUAAUUUUGUAUAUGGGUUUUAGCCCUGGUUAUAAAUACGAAAGAAUAUCGUUAGAUAAAUAUUAUCAAAGUAUCGAAGUAUCUCUUUACAUAUAACAAAUUAAACUUUUAUACAUAGUAGUCAAGAAAUAUUAUUAGUAUAGAUGGAAGAAACCACUUCCAUAGUCAUGAUGAUAUUUUUCAUGUCAUUGUUAGUAAUAUUUGUUAUCAAAUAUUUACUCCACAAAAUAAUGAAUAAUGAUAAGCCAAAUAGUAGUAGUGCCCUAACACUACUUCCUCCCGGUCCUUCUCCUUGGCCAAUUCUUGGAUGCAUUCCGGGGAUGUUGCGAAACAAAUCGACAUACCAAUGGAUCCACAAUCUCAUGAAAGAAUUGGACACAGAUAUUGCCUGUAUCCGCCUCGGGACAAGUACUCAUGCCAUCUCUGUCACCUCUCCAGAGAUUGCCAGAGAGUUCUUGAAGAAACACGAUAUGGUGUUCGCUUCAAGACCUCUCACAAGUGUCACUCGUUUAAUCUCUGAUGAUUACAAAACCAUUAUAUUUGCAACGUGGGGUGAACAAUGGAAGAAGAUGAGGAGAGUACUCGUGUCUAAUGUUUUCAACCGCUCUACACUUGCUUGGCUUCUUCAUAAGAGAAAUGAAGAAGCUGAUAAUCUUGUUCGCUUUGUUUAUAACCACUCUUCUGCUAAAAGUGGAGGAGUGGUUAAUGUUAGAAUUGCGGCACAACAAUACUCGGUAGGUAUCAUGAGAAAAAUGAUGUUUGGUAAAAGAUAUUUCGGAAAAGGAAGGAAUGAUGGAGGGCCUGGUAAAGAAGAAGAGGAGCAUGUUGAGGCUCUGCUUGCUAUGCUUUCACACAUAUAUGCCUUUUCUGUAUCGGACUAUCUUCCGUGGCUGCGAUGGUUGGACUUAGAUGGCCAUCAAAAGAUUGUUUGUAAAGCCAUGAAAGUGAUCAACAAGCUCCAUGACCCCAUAAUCAAUGAAAGAAUUCGAGACUGGAGAGAGGUUGAGAUGGAAAGUAGAAUCCGGGAAAGUGAAGAUUUGCUUGAUGUUCUCAUUUCGGUUAAAGAUUCAAAUGGGAAACCACUUUUGUCUGAGGAUGAAAUUCGAGCACAAGUUAUGGAACUGUUCCUAACAGUUGUAGACAAUCCAUACAGCGCAGCAGAAUGGGCACUAUCAGAAAUGUUGAACCAACCAGAAAUGCUUGAAAAAGCAAGAACCGAAAUAGAUAGUGUUGUUGGCAAUAACAUCACACUCCUCCAAGAAUCUCACAUUCCUCAACUCCCUUACAUCAUUGCUUGUGCAAGAGAAGCUCUUCGCCUCCACCCGGUGACAGCUUUCAAUGUCCCACAUGUCUCUACUUCUGAUUCCACAGUUGCUGGCUACUUCAUUCCUAAAGGCAGCAAUGUUCUUCUGAGCCGAUUCGGGCUCGGUCGAAACCCUACCGUAUGGGAUCAACCGAUGCGCUUCAAUCCAGAUCGCCAUCUUGACGAGAAGCAUUGUGACUUGGGGGAGACAGAUUUAAGGUUUAUUAGCUUCACCACUGGGAGGAGAGGGUGCAUUGGAGUGGAGUUGGGUACAAACAUGACGGUUAUGCUUUUGGGAAGAUUAUUACAAGGUUUUACAUGGAAGAUUCCUCAUGGGAUGGAGAAGAUAGAUUUGAGUACUGAAGAAGGGAACUCAAUGUUUAAGGCUAAGCCAUUGUGUGCACAUGCAGUCCCUCGUUUGAAUCCUUCUCUCUAUUUGUCAUUAGGGUAAUGAAAUAUGCACACAAAUUAACUUUACACCUACUUAUAUGACAAGUCAUUUUUAGCAAAUAGAUAAUUGUUAAAAUUACUUGUAUAAGUGUGUAUCUAGUUUAUGUGGUUCACAGUUAUCAUUAUUAUUACGUUAGUUUCUUAAUGAUUUGCUUCCUUAAAAUAUAAUAUUAUUCAUAAUUAGGAGGCAUUUUUAUUAUCAUACAUAUAGUGUGUUAUGUAUUUUUAUGGUUUAUUUGGUACACCGUAUUGUAUAAUAUUGUGUUGAAUUAUAUUCUAUUGCAUUAAUAUUAUUUGAUACAAGACUA